AACCGUCCGUAAAUCCACUAAUAAAAAGGAUCUUUCUAUUUUAUUGCAACCCUUCAUAUUUUCGUGUAUAUAUUCCCUGGGUUUUUUUUUCUUACAGAUCCUUUACACCAUCAUCUGAAACCCCACAACCACGAUUGGUAUCUCUUUUAUUCUGGUUUUUUUAAGAACCCAAAACCACUAUUGGGUCUAUUAAUUGGGGUUUCUUGGGGCAUUAGAUCUGUGGAGAUUGGGAAAUGGGGUCUCCUUCUGAGCUUAGUUUGGAUUAUAAACCGCCCUGUAAGGGUGAAGAGCGGUUUUCGAAGCCAUCUGGGGCGAAUGAGCGGUUUUUCAAGGCUGUUCUUGAGGUGGGGGGAAAUGGGGUGGACAGGGUUGUGAGGAUUGAGGAGCUUGUUGCUUGUUUGGAAGAGGAGAGGAGGAAGAUUGAUGUCUUUAAAAGAGAGCUACCUCUCUGCAUGCUUCUAUUGAAUGAUGCAAUCGAUGAUUUGAAGGAACAGGCAAGGCAAUGCAGAUUGAGAGGCCCUGUGCUUGAAGAAUUUAUACCGAUCAAAAAGGCACAGGAAGAGAGAGAAAAUGAAGCGAAAGCCGAGAGAGAUUGCAAGGACAAGAUGAACUGGAUGAGCUCUGCACAACUGUGGAGUGAUAACUCUGAUAACUCGGAGGAGAAGAAAGAGAAACUCGAUGAGUAUGAAGCUCCAUCAGAGGAGUUGCAGAAAACAGAUUUUGGGGAGAAGGCGUAUACCAUAGGCAGGUAUAGGAAUAGUGGUGGAGCUUUUGUUCCUCUUAAUGGAAAUGGGAAUGGCAAUGGCCUAGUCAGGAAAGAAGAAAAUGAUAUUGUCGAUCUUUCGCUCUCUAAUGGUGGUAUUAAGGAAUUGGGGCAUGUGUCUCCAAAAGGGAGUUGCAGAGGGAAUGCGGGUUCUUCUCAGUCUGCCCUUCAGAGGAAGGCUAGGAGGUGCUGGUCUCCUGAAUUGCACCGCCGCUUUGUCAAUGCUCUGCAACAACUCGGUGGAUCUCAGGUGGCCACACCAAAGCAGAUCAGAGAGCUGAUGAAGGUUGAUGGCUUGACAAAUGAUGAAGUGAAAAGUCAUUUGCAGAAGUAUCGAUUGCAUACUAGGCGCCCAAAUGUGUCAGUUUCUUCAGCAAAUUCUAACCAGCAAAACCCUCCAUUGGUUCUCUUGAGCAACCUUUGGGUUCCCCAUGAUAAAUUAUACAACCAAACUUCUUCUACUGCUUCUGGUUCUUCUUCACAAAGCUUCCAACUCGUGAAAAAAACCGCUUCCUCACAGUCUGGUUCUCCUCAAGGUCCAUUUCAAUAUCCAGGAAAAGCCCGAACAUCUGUUAAUGGUGGAGAUAGCGGGGGAGAAGAAGAUGGUUUAUCUGAUGAAGAAACCAAUUAACUCAAAACAAAAAAUUAUCGAAUAAUGACAUAAAGAAACAGAGGAGUUGAUGACCCAUAGAGGGUUAUCAACAUGUCCCCAGGGGUGCUUGGGCUCAGUCAUCAGUUGAAAGAGCUUGGGCAGAGAGAUUUUGCAUACUUAUAGUUCUCUCUCUUAUUUUGUUGUUUUUUUACUCUUUUUUAUGUAUAAGGAGGUUUUAUGUAAACAUCCACCGAGUGUAUCUGAGGAGCAUGGGUUUUGACUGUCCAUAGAACCUUUCCUGGUCUUCUUUCUGUGUAAAAGAUGAUAUGAGUAGAUAAUGAAAAGAAUAAUGACAUUCGGGAUA